AUGUGGAAGAAGCUGCCUGGUAUCCAUGAGCUGCGCACGGCCUUGCACGGCGCACAGUUGGCCAUCGGAGGAGACUUGGGGGGCGCCAAAGCCAAAUUCACGGAGUACGUCGAUGCCUCCUUGAUCGGCUCCGCCGUGGCUUCCGGGGUACAGGCAUGCCGAGGAAAUUGGCAAGAAGCUGAAAGGCUGGGUCGAGAGAGUGGAGAUGUCCUCGGAGGUGUCAUCGAGUCCGCCGGUGAGGGCAGAUUCCAGAAAGUGCCACUACUCCACGAGAUUGCCUGCUGCGGACGCAGUCUUCGGUGCGUGGCACGUGAUGACCCGGAUGCUGCAAACGCUGUUUGGACCCACAGCUACAGGUCUGACAGCGUUUUGGGCUCCAUGGCCAUCGCUGGAUUUGAGCGAUUCCGAGGUGGCGACUGGCAUCAGCACAUGGAGCAAAGUGCCAGGGCAUGGGAACAGGCGCAGGAAGGCGUCGAGAAAGUGUGCUUCGUGGUCCGUGUUGCCACGACACUCUUCCAAGCUUUGAGUUUGGAAGGACCGGGCAAAACUGCAGCAGUUGCCUUCGCAACUUCGCCCUUGCUCGAGGCGCUGGACUUGCCCGUGAGCAGUGCCGCACUGCGAAGAAUGGCCGCAGCAGUGGCUGAUCUCUGA